CAUACUGCUGCUGGAAUGGAGGCGGGGUCCAGGGAUGGUGGUGUGGGUGGUGGGGGGAGGCUGAUCCGGCCACGCACGCAAAGUCUCGACGGCUUCAUCGGCGGCACCGGGCCAGAGAGGGAAGCGCGCGAGACCGGAGGAGCGCGCCGCAUGUCUCGGGAGGCGAGCGGCGCUGUUGGAAGGAGUUUGGAGGCGACGGGGCCCCGGCAGGGAGCGAGGGCUGUCGCGGUCAUGGGGGAGGAGGGUGCCCGGCACCGGGACCCCUUCGCGAGGCCGCGGUGUCUGGCGGCGGCGGCUCCCGCUGGGAAAGCGAAGCUCACGCACCCGGGGAAAGCGAUUCUUGCAGGUGGCCUCGCGGGGGGCAUCGAGAUCUGCAUCACGUUCCCCACGGAGUACGUGAAGACGCAGCUCCAGCUGGACGAGAAGGCGAACCCCCCGCGGUACCGGGGCAUCGGCGACUGCGUGGGUCAGACGGUUCGGGGUCAUGGGGUCAAAGGUCUCUACCGGGGGCUCAGCUCCCUCCUCUACGGCUCCAUCCCCAAGGCGGCGGUCAGGUUCGGGAUGUUCGAGUUCCUGAGCAACCACAUGCGGGAUGAGAACGGGACCCUGAACAGCACGCGGAGCCUCCUGUGUGGACUCGGGGCCGGCGUGGCCGAGGCCGUGGUGGUCGUGUGCCCCAUGGAGACCGUCAAGGUCAAAUUUAUCCACGACCAGUGCUCACCCAACCCCAAGUACAGGGGCUUUUUCCACGGCGUGCGGGAGAUCGUGCGCCAAGAGGGUGUGCGGGGCACCUAUCAGGGCCUCACCGCCACGGUGCUCAAGCAGGGCAGCAACCAGGCGAUCCGCUUCUACGUCAUGACGUCACUACGCAACUGGUACCGAGGCGAUGACCCCAAUCGCCCCAUGAACCCCCUGGUGACGGGGGUCUUCGGGGCUACAGCGGGAGCUGCGAGCGUGUUCGGCAACACCCCCCUCGACGUCGUCAAAACCAGGAUGCAGGGCCUGGAUGCGCACAAGUACAAGAGCACGUGGGACUGCGCUUACCAGAUCGCCACCAAGGAGGGAGCCAAAGCGUUCUACAAGGGCACGGUGCCGCGCCUGGGCCGCGUGUGCUUGGAUGUAGCCAUUGUCUUCAUCAUCUACGACGAGGUGGUCAAGGUCCUCAACCGCGUCUGGAAAACCGACUGAGUCCCCGGCACUGGAACGUUCCGUUUCCUCCCUCCCUCUUCCCCACCUACCCCUCCCACCACAACCCCCCCCCCCCCCUCCACCGCUCCGGCCCCCCACAUGCGAGCCCCACGUCUUCACAGGGGUCGCACUUGGAUCCUCAGCCUCGCACCCUCCCCACCACCACCACCAGGGGGAUGUUGGACCCAGCGCGGUGCGCCCGUCCUCGUCCACGGGGCUUCUAUGACACGAGACGAAGAGGGGGGGGGGGCAACCAUUUCGUAUGGGGGGCAAGACCCACAGACCCACACACACACAUACCUACACACAUACCUACACACACCCACACACACACACCCCCACACACACAUACCUAUACAGACCCACACACACACACAUACCUACACACACCCACACACACACACACCCCCACACACACACAGACCCACACACACACACUCCGUGAGUCGGGGACGAGAUUGUAAGAGCAGAUCUUGGAGGUCGCGAGGUGUCCCUUGCGCAUUCACUGCUGCAGGAUCUGGCAGAAGGAAGGGAGCGAUAGCGGGGUGUGUGAUGGUGGUGGUGGUAACAGUGGCAUUAGCUGGGUUGACCUCUUGACCUUUAACGUGAGUGCCCCCCCCCCCCGAAUCACCCGGCAAAGCUGCUUCCGACAGGGGGCAGAGUUCGUGUGUGGAGGCAGAGGGGGGUAUUUUAAAACCACCGUUGCCGAGCAAAGGCAACAAAACGCCAAACGGACAGCAACAAACAGCGCGAUUGUUAAUUCGCCCCCCCCCCCCCACCACGCCAAGUCUCAUAUAAACUCGCCACUGCUGUGUAGCACACCUUGACAGAUCCCACAGGUCCAAGCCAGGUCCCCUCGAUCCCCCUUCUUGUCCCCCCCAGCCCACCCCCUGGCCCCCCUCUCGAGGGAGGAUGUCCUCGUGUGAUCGAUUCGCGAGUCGAGCAGGAGAAUGGGGGAGAGGGAUUGAUGCGGUUCGGCGUGGUGAAUGUUUAACCGCACGUGGUGUGGUUUUGGUGCUGGGAUUAAACGGACUGCGACCGUAGGUUAGGAAGAGGCGUGACAGGGUGGGUAUUUUCAGGGGUGCAAAGGUAACGGGUACGGGUAACGAGGUGCAAGUAACGGGUAACGAGGUAUAAGUAACGGGGUAACGGGUGGAUGAUUUAUUUGCAUGGUGGGAAAUUGAACCAAUGCGAUUACGCGUGUGCAAUGCAUAAGUCGAAGACUUUUUUAAAUGUUCAUCGAUUGACACUGAAUUUUAAUAAUUAUGCGAAUAGAAAAUUAUGUUGGAGAUGAUGAUGAUGGUAAUGCUAGUGGUUGUAAUUACGUUAAUUAAUUUGCUUGAAACAGUGGAACAUUCGCGUGUUGUACACUAUUAAAAAACACACGUGGAUUUAAAAAUCCGCGGAAGUGA